UCCGCCUUCGUCGUUCCCGGAUUUUCUCCUUGUUAGUCCGGCAAACCGGAAGUACUCGCGCGACAGGUACUCGGUCACGUGACUCCUACAAGGGUUCUGAUUGCUCGGAAACCGUGAAACCAUAUGUAAGCUAUUGUGACUGUAGAUAAUGAGCCGGUCUAACCAGUAUCGGUAUCGUGAUAAAUGAUGGGUGACUGCUCGGAGAGGGAAUCUCUUGUCAAGCGACCUCAUGCGUCUGAAGAUGCAGUGGACGUGUCGGUCUCACAGCGAGGACGACGGCAACAGGUUAGGCUUGUGCUGUUUGCACUUGCUGCCGGAUCUUUGGGAUUUGUGGCCGGGGUUAUGUGGACAACAAGCUACUUAAUAAAGCCAGUGCGAGGCGCCUGUUCUCCACCUUGGUCACCUUCAUCCACUGUGUAUGGAACGUCUGCUAUGGCUGCUGGCUGGUCUCUGGUCGCUCCAUUUGGAAUCUGUCUUAGGUAUGACACAUUGUUUGGUUGGUUGGUGACAAGUAUAGUGAUGGCUGCCGGUUCUUGUGGAAUAGCAGGAUUGACUGUUUUGUUUUGUCAUUCCAUGGCGUUAGUUGGUGAACUAACUUACGUGGGGACGUUUGCAUUUUGGUCUCUUGGUAUGACUGUUGGUUAUAUUGUGUGUGCAGAGGUGGGUGUUCGUUUGUUACCCAACAAGCCAGGAAUUGCUGGUGGAAUAUUUCCGUUUGCUACUGGUGUUGGCAGUCUGGUCAUCACUCAGAUCAUUAUUGCAUUGAGGGAUGCAUUUAAAGAAUGUGAUAUCAAUGCAGGAGCCAUGUUCAUUUGUAUUGGUAUUCUUAUAGCAGCCGUCACAUUGCCCUCGGUUCCCAUAUUGAGAUGUCUUCAACAGGAGACUAAAACAUCAGUAGAUGAUGAUAGUAGACCAGAAAAUUUGAAAUGGAAAAAUGCCUGGAUGGUCUUAAAGGCACCACGCACAUGGUUCAUUUCUCUGUUUAUGCUGUGUGGGUACACUCCUGCUUUUGGUAUUCUAAUGUAUCAGGAACCUCUUGUGGUGUCUCUGUGGAAUACUGCUCACCCGCCUGUCAGCAUGUUGGCAGUCAUUUUGAUGACAGCAUAUGUGAUAGGCCGAGGUCUGUGGCUCGUGAUUUCUGACAAGAUUGGUUUGAAGAGGAGUUGGCUUUUAGGGCUCAUCUUUCAAGGUCUUCUACUUUCUGUUCUCGCUGUAUUGCUUACUCUUGAUGUCACUGAUUCUUGGGCUCAAUACGUAUCUAUGACCGUACUUUCUGUUUAUAUGGUUGUAAAUCCUAUCUUUAAAAUUACCUUUUAUGGGUUAUGCUACCAUUUGUUUAGUAGUCGUCAGCGAGUGUCAGCUGUGUCUGUUUUGUGUGCUAUAAGUGGGAUUGCAGGAAUAGCUGCCCCUCUCAUUAUUGAUGCAGCAUACAAUCACUUUGCAAGUCAGUUACCAAGAAACAGUUGAGACGCAAGAAAACGACUGUCAUAGUGAUCAAUAAAAAUGUAGUUAUUUAUUGUGUUGCUAUAAAUUAUUGGUUUAUGGUCUAACUCACG